AUGGGUUCGAGAUACCCAUCUCACCAGCUCGGUAAUGGGUUAUUCGUGUCUGGUCGGCCUGAGCAACCUAAAGAAAGGCCUCCGACAAUGAGCUCUGUAGCUAUGCCUUAUACUGGUGGAGACAUCAAGAGAUCAGGUGAAUUGGGGAAGAUGUUUGAUAUUCCAACAGAUGGGACUACUAAAUCAAGGAAAUCUGGUCCUAUAACUGGUGGUUCUUCAAGGUCUGGCUCAUUUGCAGGGACUGCUCAAUCAGGUCCAGGUGCGCCUAUUGCCACUGGUCGUAUGUCUGGUUCUUUAGCUUCUGCUGGGUCAGUUUCUAUGAAGAAAACGAACUCCGGACCUUUAUCUAAGCACGGAGAGCCUUUAAAGAAAUCAUCUGGCCCGCAAUCCGGUGGUGUAACACGGCAAAACUCCGGUCCUAUUCCUAUUCUUCCAGCUACAGGUCUCAUAACCUCUGGGCCUAUUACAUCAGGCCCUCUGAAUUCAUCGGGAGCACCCAGAAAGGUUUCUGGUCCUCUAGACUCUUCCGGUUUGAUGAAGACACAUAUGCCUACUGUUGUCCACAACCAGGCGGUAACUACCCUUGGUCCAGAAGAUGACUUUUCCUGCCUGAAGAGCUUCCCAAAGCCUGUGCUGUGGCUGGUUGUUCUUAUAUUCGUAAUGGGGUUCCUUGCCGGAGGCUUCAUUCUUGGAGCAGUUCACAACCCAAUCCUCCUAAUUGUUGUUGGCAUCUUGUUCACAGUUGUUGCUGCACUUUUUAUUUGGAAUAUGUUUUGGGGGAGACGCGGUAUCACAGAUUUCAUUGGUCGUUAUCCUGAUGCUGAUCUUAGAACUUCCAAAAAUGGUCAAUACGUGAAGGUCACUGGGGUGGUUACUUGUGGUAAUGUGCCGCUUGAGUCAUCCUUCCACAGAGUCCCCAGAUGUGUGUACACAUCGACAUGUCUAUAUGAGUAUCGUGGAUGGGGAUCGAAACCAGCCAAUUCUUCACAUCGUCGCUUUACAUGGGGACUGAGAUCAUCAGAGAGACAUGUGGUGGACUUUUACAUCUCUGAUUUCCAAUCUGGGCUCAGAGCUUUAGUCAAAACAGGAAACGGUGCUAAGGUAACGCCUCUUGUCGAUGAUUCUGUUGUCAUCGAUUAUAAGCAAGGAAGCGAGCAAGUCUCUCCAGACUUUGUUCGGUGGUUAAGCCAGAAGAAACUAUCAAGCGAUGAUCGAAUAAUGCGGCUCAAAGAAGGGUAUAUAAAAGAAGGAAGCACAGUGAGUGUGAUUGGAGUGGUGCAGAGAAAUGAUAACGUGUUGAUGAUAGUUCCACCAUCUGAGCCACUUGCAGCUGGUUGGCAAUGGGGGAGCUGCACAUUCCCAACAAGUCUCGAAGGUAUCGUAUUAAGAUGUGAAGACUCAUCGAACGUUGAUGCAAUACCGGUAUAA